GAUACAAAGGAGGAGGUCUCAGAGAAACCAAAGUCUGCUCCGACCGCAGAGAAGUACGGCUGGAUUAAGAAAAGCAGUGGGGGGUUCCUGGGAUUGUGGAAGGAUCGUUAUAUCCAGCUACAGAAAACGCAGCUCGUGGUCUAUGAGGAUGAGGAUGAACAGAAGUGCAUAGAAACAGUGGAACUGGAGAGUUAUGACAAGUGCCAGGAACUGCGUGCGCUACUAAAAAAGAAAAACCGUUUCAUUUUAAUCCACUCCCCGGGUAAGAAGGUUCAUGACAUCAAAUUUCAAGCUUCAACUGUGGAAGAAAAGGAAUCGUGGAUAAAAGCUCUUAAUGAAGGGAUCAAUAGAGGCAAAAACAAAGUAUUUGAUGAGGUGAAAGUAGACGAGAGCCUUUCCUUGGACCACGUAACUCGGGACAGAGUGAAAAUGACCCACGGACGCAGGCCACCCACAAGAAGUCACCUAAAGGAGGCUGCCAAGUCUACAUCAGAUGGUAUCCUGCGACUAGAUCUGGAUAUAGUAGACAAUGGACCGCCAAACUUUGAUUCCACUAUCAGCGAAAGUGACAAUGCUCCACCUCAGAAAGAAACUCCAAAGCCACCUAUGCCACCUACAAAACCCAGUGGCACAAAAGAAAACCAGGAUGCAGAGAACAACGUUCCUGACCAGGAACAUAAAAAACCUCUGUCUCCUCCAUUGCCUCCAGAUAAGAAGCUUAAGGAAGGCAUAGCAUCAAAGGACAAUGUAAAUGCCAAGGAAGAAGACUCUGUAAGCCCAGAGGAGAAUGUGGAAGGAUCCCAAGCACCAAAUGAGGAGAACAGAGAGAACCUCACUGAGGUCAGCAACACGGGCAUAGCAAAAGCUCCAAUUCCUCUUCCUACAAGCGUGCCAGACAAGCUAAAAGUAGCUUGGGACCAACCACUCUCUGAACCCAAAACCACAGAAGACUUGAAAUCAUCAGGAGGUAGUAACAAAGACAACCUUGCUGAGAUUGCCGCUGCAGAUGUUACAAAGCCUCCGGUUCCUCCUCCUAAGGUUCUGUCAGAAAAAAUGCUAGCCGUAAUGAACUCCAGCCAUGGUGACCUGGAAGCUGGGGUUUGCGAAGACCUGGAGUCUGGCAGCUCCAAGCCCCCGGUGAAUGGGAUCUCAGCCAGCGAGGCAGCAGAGUCCACAUCCCCAACAGUUGAAACUGAAGAAGGAAAUGGGAGAACCUCUGCCGAGAAGGAACAGCAAACUUCAGCAGAAGAGACAGAGACUUCCUUAGCUACAGAAACAGGCCAUGAGAGUGUAAAAGCAGCUAUUGACAACAAAGCAUCUGUAGAUAGAACUUCAGGUCUCAAACUUCGCAGUUCUUCUGUGGGAGACUUGCUGUCUGAUUCCAAAAAUACACAGAGAGCACUUCCAGGCCAAGGUUUCCCCAAGGAUUCCCAUCACUGCUUAGCUAAAAUGGAGGAGAAAGUUGCUAAUGAAAGGGAAAAGGCAGAAAACCUUCUGCAGAAGGUUUUACGUGAACGGUUGGAACAGGCCCAGGAGGGGAAUGGACCCCCAGUGAUGGCAGAGACAUUGCUCAAUGAGGCAGUAGAACAACUUCGGCAAGCUACACAAGUUUUGCAAGAAAUAAAAAGUCUUGAAGAACUGAAAAAAGAAGCAACACAGAAACAGAAAGAAAAGCAAAAGGAUCUAGUGACUCUUUAUAGGCGAAGUGCUCCCUGA